AUUUCACUUAGCACUAAUAUGACGUAUAGACUUUGUCUAAAUCCAAAUUAGAAGAAAACAAUUUAGUAAUCAAUACAGGAAAGGAAGCUUUGUAACCAUCGAUUUCUGGGUUCAAAGUUUGUGUCCACCUCAGUCCUCACUCAACACUGCAAAUUCUUAACAAUUAUUGCUCUGCUGCUACCACUUCUGACUCAACUAUGGACAAUAUGACGCAUUCUCAUGUCCCGAAGUUUGGCAAUUGGGACACUGACAAUAUCCCAUACACAAUAUACUUUGAGAAUGCUAGCAAAGAGAAGACCAAUAUCAAUCCAAACGAUCCAGAGUUCUUCAAUCUGUUCAUGAGAGGUGCUGAAAAUAAUGAUGAUGAUGAUGAUGCAAUGAAGGCUCGUCCUAGCGGUCAUGGUCACUCCUACAGUACAAAUUCAUCAGAAAUUAUAAGCACUGAGGAGGAGAGAAGAAGCAAUACUAAGCUCCAUUCAGAGUCUGCCAAUGAAAAAAGUGAUUCUGAUUACUCUGUCAUUCAGAGAGUGAAGUCAGGUCACAGAAAGAGCAUGUCUGUAGGUGGAAGCCAUUCCUCUAAUAACCAUUCUGAACAUAACCAUGAAGCAACACUAAUACCUGAAUUUGGUGCUUGGGAUGUCACUGAUCCCAAAUCAGGAGGGGGAUACACUGAAAUAUUCAGUGAAGUAAGAAAAGAAAGGCAAAUGGCGUCUCAUCUGAGUAAAGCUCCUUCACUUAACAACUGUUCUAAUGUCAAGAAUCAAUGUGGAAGACCUUCCUCCAUAUAUUCUAAGUACUGUUGCUGUUUGUUUUCAAGUGAAGGCGAAUGAAUAAGAAUUGAUGUUUGUUUGAGCAACAGGAAAUACUCAAUCUUAAAGCUGGAAGUGUCUUUUGUAUUUGAUUUUCUUUAUACAUUGUAUUUCACUUUAUUGUCUAACUCUUUGCAAUAAGAGUGGGUCUUCUGUUACCACUUUCAUCUCAACUAUUACGGUUCAAAUUGAUUUAGGUAGUCUAAAAAAGCUGCCCAAUGGUAUUAGUGCAAAAACAAAAAUGUUGGUAUGAUUCUCAAUUCUGA